AUGGUAGGAACUCAGAGAAGAUGCUUAAUGUGCUUGGAUGAGUCUGAUAGUAAGGCUGAACAGAGAUAUCGUCGCGCAAUAAAUUUGGAAAAGGCAAAUAAAGCACUAGAUGUAGCAAAGAGAGCAGAGAGAUUAAGGCUAUUAUAUAAAGUAAGGUUUGAAGAAGACUUACGUGCCUUUAUGUUAGUACACAAAGAUGCAACAACCAAGACAAACAUAGCUAAAAAGGAAACAAAGGGGAAUAUAAACAGUUUCGACGAAAAGCCUAAAUUGAACAUCAAUAAGAAGAACUUGUUGAUACAGAGUAAAAAUACUGAUAGUGGUAUUCCUUCAUGGGCAUGGCCAGCUUCGCUAAGAAAUACAAAGAAAGUUAAGUCAAACUCUCUAUUUUAUACGUUAGAAACAAAAAUUCCACUAUCUCCCACACAGCAAUCAGGUAGCAACUCUUUUUAUAAAAAUAUGAAAAUUACCAAAGAAAAUGAUAGAAAAAAUGUAGAAAAAAUCAGAGAGGAUACUAAACAAUCUUCUAACGAAAUAGCAAGGAAAAAAAACAAACAAAAGAAAAGCAGGGACUUAGUAAAUAUUGCAAAGAUCGCGACACACCAGAGCAAAAUAAACAUGGGUAAACAUGUACCACAAAGACCAACUCAGAAACUGACUACAAGCAGUAAUUCAUUACGGUUGUUACAUAGAAAACCCUUUUCUUGGACGAAAUUAAAGCAAUAUCCAGAUGAUAUUAUCCAAGAUAGUGAAGAAGAUGUUUCUGCUACUUCCAAGAAUUUGGAUAUGAAAGACUUGCUUAUUCCUGGACAGUUGGAAAUACAACCAGCUUCUCAACUUAUAAAAAAAAGUUCUAAUCAAUUUAACUAUCAAAUGGAAUACAAUUCUAAUUUUGGUAUUCAGCCCAGUAUAAGUUCAGUGGGGCCAACAGAAUUACCACAAGGUACAAAUAAAGCACUUACAGAUACUUUAAAAAGGACACAAAAGAUGCAACAAAUUUUGCAAAUUCUAAUGGAUCAAAAGAACUUGGAUAUAGAAAGGGAUGAAGUUGCACCCUCACUUUCACCAUCAUUGUUUAAUGAAAACGAUGAAGUGGAAAUAUUAGCAAUGUCACUAACUUCUAAAAACCAAUCCUAA